AUGGUGUGCAAGUCUGUCCAAGGGUAUCGACAGGUCGUGCAGAGAUGGGACGAUGCGGUCGCGUUUGAGUUGGACGUCGGCGUGAGGGCGGGUCCGGAGCCGGAGAGAUAUAUCUCCCUUCCGUUGGUGGAUCUGCCAAAAGUACCGGAGAUGUUUGUCAGGGCCGUCAUCAUGGGAGACGAGACAUCGUUGGCUCCAUUACCAACUUUACGAGCGCCUGACGAUCACUACCCGUUCUAUCCCCCCCAAUCCGAUGACGAUGAUGAAGAGGGAGAAUAUUGUCCACCCUUAUCCGAGGACGACGACUGGGGUUGCGAACCACCACAAGAGGACGACGCAUCCCAACUUUCCCGCGCGCCUUCACGGGCAACCUCCAGAUUCACGUUGCUCACGAACGGUGAGGACGGGAUAGACGAAGAUACAUAUCCACCAGGCGGUAUCAUAACUGCCCUGUCUGCAGAGACUUGUGUUGCGGCUCAGAGCCGUCCAGCUUGUGCUGCUUGUGCUACAGAGUACGCAGGUACCCCGACGCGGAACCCAGCAGUUGUCGCUUUUGUCGAGGCAUGUGUCGAGCAUCGGAAUGAGGGAAGCACACUGAUGCAGAAGACAGAUAAGGUCACCCAGUCGAUAUCCGGCACUUCAAGCCAGGCGGCGUCUUGGGCUCAACAACCUGUGCACAUCUCCAUGCCCCAAGCCAGCGCGGCAGAGGCGUUGCAGGUCCUGGAUGAAUUCUUACAAGAGAAUCGAACACGAACUAUGCGGGUCAAGGGGAUUGUGGAAGGUGUUGCCGAACUGCUCGCGAGUCUGACACAGGAUUCGGAUACAGACGUUCUUAACCGUCUGAACGAACGCGCGCAGACACUUUCUGAUACUGUCGAAAGAAUCAGCUCGUCGUUUUCCACUCUCGUCCAAACCUACCUCGAGAUCAACGACUCCAACGCGUCGCGAUUUGUCUGGAACCUCCGGCGCAGGGUAACCAUGACCAACAUACCUGCCCUUGAUGAUGUGCCACCUAUGCCGAUGAAUGAGGAGGAUUCAGUGUCGUUGUUCAGAGAGGUGUGUAAUAGGAUUGGAACAGCGAGGAGGGAGGUGGACGGAUUGGACGGCAGGCUGAACGCGUUGCUGGGUACCGUCAAUUACAUCCUUGGUCCGGAACAAAGGGCAUCCAUCUCCAUUCCCAAUGCCAUUGAACCACCUGACACUGAAGUAUCUGACGCCCCCACGUCCGCCUCAACCCCUGCCACCCUCCCCGUUCUUCGCACGUCAAUGCAGCUCGAUCCUUCCCGCCUGCCCAAGGACUACAGACGCCCACAAGCGACUCGGUAUUAUGUGUAUGUCGAUGGCAGGGGAUGGGUGGGCGGAGGAAGGAGGGAUGCGCAUUACUGCACGUCCUGCCGUCCGCCGCCGACAGAUCUUGAUGAACUUGACCCGAUCAACGAACCAGAUUACUAUGAUACUGACCACGGGCAGUUUGACGAGACCGAUGAGGAGCAAGAGAAUCAGUCAUUGCCAGAACCUGCUGAAACUUCCGAUGAUGAUCCCGAGUCGGUUGCUGAAGUCACCAACCCAAAUCCGCAUGCGGUCAUAUCCAUUCCCGAGGAGCGAGAACAAUUGGCACAGGCGUUUUCAGGGCCGCAUUCUGAAGUUCAGGCAACCAGCACGUUUGUCAACUCGCACACUCGCCCCGAUAAUUCCACAUCGAAAAAUUGCGGACACAACUAUUGCCAGCUGUCUAGACCCGUGUGCUGCGCAUGUAGCGACUCGAGACCAGUGACAGAGUUCUACUACGCGUACCGCGAUGGUCUUGGAUGGAGGCCGGACGGGUUCAGGGGCGCUGGGUAUUGUUCGAGCUGUCUAGAUCACAAUGGUACCUUGUCAGCUCAUAAUGCCACUUUCCAACCGUCACAAACUGUUGCAUCCUCUACAAUAUCCCUUGGUGCAGGCCUGACAGAGCGCCAGCUGCGUCGGCGCGAUCUCUUCCGCGACCGCCUCGCGCGUGCCUUUGGCACUCUCCAAGAAAUUCGAGAUGACCCUUCCUACGUCAGUCCCAUGGAAGCCAUGUUCCAAGCCGAGGAGCCAGCGAACGAUGCCCAGGAACCAGAAUCGACAUUUGAAGAAUUGGCAAAGGAUGCUACGGACAUUCCCUCUGCGACAUUCUCCGUUGACAACAGCUGUCGUGUUUACGAUGUGCCAUGCGUCUUACCCAUACCCUUUGGCACGAUGCUCCGGUAA